AUGGCGGAGGGUGGAGGAGAGGAUGGCGGGUCCCCGCUAUGUAUGAUCGUGUGCUGGGCAUGGCGGGCUCCGGGAAGACCACCUUCACUCAGGGACAUGUGCCCCUCAUAUCUCCACGGGAAGAACUGUGCCCCCUACACCAUCAACCUGGACCCAGCCGUCCACAACAUCCCCUUCCCUGCCAACAUAGAUAUCCGGGACACUGUGAAACUACAAGGAGGUGAUGAAGCAGUAUCCUCACCACAGAGGGGGGGGGUAUGACAGGGAACACCUGGGAAGGGGGGUUCACGGGGACACGGGCACAAAGAAGAGGCAGAAGAACUGUCGGUACGUUGUGAUCGACACCCCGGGGCAGAUCGAAGUCUUCACAUGGUCGGCCUCCGGAGCCAUUAUUACAGAAGCCUUGGCCUCCUCCUUCCCCUCUGUGGUGGUCUAUGUGAUGGAUACCUCACGCAGCGUCAACCCCGUCACCUUCAUGUCCAACAUGCUGUACGCCUGCAGGCAUCAUGUAUAAGACCAAGCUGCCCUUCAUUGUUGUCAUGAACAAGACAGACAUAAUCGAUCACAGCUUUGCAGUAGAGUGGAUGCAGGACUUCGAGACGUUCCAGGACGCUCUGAAUCAGGAGACAUCGUAUGUCAGUAACUUGACGCGAUCCAUGAGCCUAGUCCUGGAUGAGUUCUAUAACGCACUGCGGGUGGUUGGCGUGUCGGCAAUGACUGGAGCCGGGAUGGACGAAUUUUUUGUCAAGCUUACAGAAGCAGCGGAAGAAUAUGAGAAAGAGUACCGGCCGUACGAACGUCUGCGCAGAGUUGCGGAGGAGGAGAAGAGGAAGGAACAGCAGGAGCAGCUGAACAGGCUCCAUAGAGAUAUGGGCUCCGUGCCUCUGGACCCCGGGGCACUCCACAGAGGAGGACAUGGCAGGUCCAUCAGAUCUUAUCCUGACACGUGGAAAUAUGGAAGAGGAAGAGCCAGAGGACAGCGACACAGACGACAUUGACCACACCGUGGCCGAGACCCGACUGGAGGAACCGGCUUUCCAGAACUUCCUGCAGCAGACAAAGAGCAAGUAUCGGGAGAAGAUAGAGAAGUGA